CCCGAUGGAAAACUUGAUAGUCCGAUAGGAUAUCAAAGUGAAAGAGAUGAUCGGAAAAAAUGCAAGACAAACUUGAUAGCCCAACUGAAAAGAAUGAUCGGAAAAAAGGGAAAACUUGAUAGUUUUGAUAGCCCAACUGAACGAGUUGAAUAUCAAAGUGAAGGAAAGAAACUUGAUAGCCCAACUGAACAAGUUGAUACCAAAUAUAUCAAAGUGAGAGAGAUGAUCAGAAAACUUGAUAGCCCAGCUGAACAAGUUGGAUAUCAAAGUAAGGAGAUGAAAGAAGAAAGUAGAAUUGACGUUAUGACAUUUGGCAAGGAUGUCCACCAAAGGAUAUACAAUCUUGAUGAAGUUUCUUAUUAUAAGGAGAAUCAAGAAAAUGAAGAGGCAUCAUCAACAGAAAAUAAAGAGUUAUCAUCAACAGAAAAUGGAGAAAAAAGUCAGGUGAAUGAAAGCAAUACAGAAGCUAAUGACUUCGACAACAUAAUCACACCUUGUGCUAAGCAAAAAAAAACUUGCAUAAAAGAAUGUAAUAGUAUAACAAUUGAUUUUAAAAGACACCUAGCACUAGAACGUUAUUGCAAGUUGAUUUCUAAUUUACAAUUGUAUCACGUGGAAGAAGUCUCACAGCAUGCUCGACACUUUAUUGCCAUGUUAAAAUGGUCAGUAGUCAAUUAUGAAAUAUUUAUAGAAGCAAGCUGGAAUGGCAAACAUAGAUCUCCAAUUAUUUCAAUGCCACGAAUAAGACUUAAAUUCGUGUCUGCCUCCUUUGAACAACAUUCCAAUAACUGGCUUAAGUCAAUGGCCACAACACUACAAUCACUUAAAAAUAAAGAAAUAAUUCAUUCUUUGAUCUUGGCUUCGAAGAAAUUUUCUUCUACCUUUGCGUUAAAUAAUUCAAAAUUUCUCUCAACAUGGGAGCUCCAACAUUUAAUAUCCAGAAGUGCAAGUCAAGUAGAGUUUGAAAAGGAUAGUUUUGAAGUUCAUAAAGAUAAAGUUGUUGUCAUAGCAGAGGCAGUUUAUUAA